GAAAAGUAUAAAAUCCCAUAUCGGGGGCGCUCAAAGCCAAAAGAGACUUUAAGAGAGUGAUCACUUCCAGACUUGCAGGGCUGGAACGAAGACCAAAAAGGCGGCUUUCCAAUGGGCUCCGGCCUUCAUCAACUGCUCUUCCCUCUUUUAUCUCUCCUCCUCCUCCUUCUCUUCGCCUGUCCUUCGACCUCCGAACCCGGCCAGUUCUGCAAUUCUGGAUUUGGAUAUGGCGAUUUCGCCGGUGAGGUUUCGUCGUCGUCCAAGUUGUUGAUCAAAGGAGGGACUGUGGUGAAUGCCCACCACAUGGAGAUUGCUGAUGUUUAUGUGGAGGAUGGAAUCAUUGUUGCUGUCAGCCCCAAUAUCAAGGUUGGUGAUGAUGUUACUGUGCUUGAUGCCAGUGGAAAGUUUGUCAUGCCAGGAGGAAUCGAUCCCCAUACUCACCUAGCCAUGGAGUUCAUGGGUACAGAAACUAUUGAUGAUUUCUUCAGCGGUCAAGCUGCAGCGUUAGCAGGUGGAACAACUAUGCACAUUGACUUUGUUAUACCAGUAAAUGGAAGUUUAACGGCAGGGUUGGAAGCUUAUGAAAAAAAAUCUGGGAAGUCCUGUAUGGAUUAUGGCUUCCAUAUGGCAAUUACUAAAUGGGAUGAAAUUGUUUCACAAGAAAUGGAAAUAAUGGUUAAAGAGAAAGGUAUAAACUCUUUCAAGUUUUUCCUGGCCUACAAGGGGUCUCUUAUGAUCAGCGAUGAGCUUCUACUACAAGGAUUCAAAAAGUGCAAGUCUCUUGGUGCUUUAGCUAUGGUGCAUGCAGAAAAUGGAGAUGCUGUAUAUGAAGGACAGAAAAGAAUGAAAGAACUUGGUAUUACUGGUCCAGAGGGGCAUUCUCUUUCAAGACCCCCAGUGCUGGAAGGUGAGGCAACUGCUCGAGCCAUUCGAUUAGCAUCUUUUGUGAAUACCCCCCUCUAUGUAGUUCAUGUGAUGAGCAUUGAUGCCAUGGAAGAAAUUUCUAAAGCUCGCAAAUCAGGGCUUAAGGUCAUUGGCGAGCCAGUAGUCUCUGGGUUAGUGCUUAAUGAAUCUUGGCUUUGGGAUCCUGACUUUAUCACGGCUGCCAAGUAUGUCAUGAGUCCCCCUAUCAGGGCUGCAGGACAUGACAGAGCCCUCCAAGCUGCUCUUUCAAUGGGAAUUCUGCAGCUUGUAGGAACUGAUCAUUGUGCCUUCAAUUCUACACAGAAAGCUCUUGGAAUUGAUGAUUUCCAGAAAAUUCCAAAUGGUGUUAAUGGUAUUGAGGAGAGGAUGCAUGUCCUAUGGGAUACAAUGGUGGAAUCAGGUCAAAUUUCUGUAACUGACUAUGUCCGGUUGACAAGUGCUGAAUGUGCUAGGAUUUUCAAUAUAUAUCCGAGGAAGGGAGCAGUUCGUGCUGGAUCGGAUGCCGAUAUAAUUAUAUUAAAUCCAAACUCAAGCUUUGAAAUAAGUGCAAAGUCCCAUCACUCUAAAUCUGAUACCAAUGUCUACGAGGGAUGGAGAGGGAAGGGAAAGGUUGAAGUCACUAUUUCUGGUGGAAGAGUUGUUUGGCAAAAUGAUGAACUGAAGGUUGUUCCUGGUUCUGGCAAGUACAUAGAAAUGCCACCAUUCAGUUAUCUUUUUAAUGGAAUAGAGAAGGCCGAUGCAAAGUACCUAUCUUCUCUUAAGGCUCCCGUAAAGCGCUUAAGAACCACCACCUAGAAUGCUGGUACCAUAUACCCUUUUCAUUUCGUAUUGAAUUUCUGUACAUGAUGGUCCAGUAUAUAUGCCCUUGUCUUGAUAAAUAAGAUGUACACAUUUGUUUUUUUACCUUAUUGUAUGUCUAAUAGAGAAUUCAGUUUAAAAGUAAAUAAAUAUAUACCUGUUGUAGUUUGCAAAUA